UCGUAAAUGUUAGAUUUUAUUGAAAUAAUUGGGUCCAUCUUAGCCGUUGAUCUAGCAUACUUCAACCAUUCAAACAAAACGGCUCCGAUACCCGCGUCGAAGAGAAACGGAACGAGUAACAACAACCAUCACAUUCUCUCCAUUCUGUACAUUUUCCCGCACCACGGAUUUUUCUUCGCCGCCAAGAUAUCUCUCGCUUUCGUUCUCGUAGUUUUGAGUUCUCUGCGAAAUCUUCCAUCUUAGAGUCGGAGCUUCACGGAUUAUCCGACGACGCUGAUUACGCCGCGUCGCAGCAACAACAUGAUGCUGCAGAGUGACAGUACCAAACAGAGCUCCCCUCCGGACGGUGCUGAAGUUGUAUUCACGAAGGACAAUGUCGCAAUUCGUCCGACUCAGUCUGCGCCUGAAAGAAUCACUGGAAGACUGGAAUUGACUAAGCAAAGCUCGUCUUUGUUUAUGACCUGGAUACCUUACAAAGGGCAUAGCUCAGCAGAGGCCAGGCUGUCUGAUAAUGAAAGAAACAUUUAUACCAUAAGGGCGGUGCCCUUCGCUGAUAUCAGGUCCAUCCGGAGGCAUACCCCUGCUCUUGGGUUGCAAUAUAUCGUUGGUGUUCUAUCAUCAGGAGUUGCUUUUCCUCCAUUCUAUUUCUAUAGUGGAGUCAAAGAAUUCUUUGCUACAAUAAAGCAGCAGCAUGCUCUUCUUGUGAGAUCUGAAGAAGAUGUCAACGUAUACCUUGUGAAUGAUGAUAUUCAGAAUAAACUGCAGGUAUGGGCGGUGUGAUAUUCAAUUGAGUUUGUUUGGUUUUACUGCUGGAUUAUAGUCUCAUUCUAUCCUUUGUGGAUGAAAAUAAUAUUCUCCAAAGAACGAAAAUUUACAUUAGUGUUAGAAGAUCAUAAGCAACUUGUUCCUCUUUUGUCCUCAUUCUCACAUCCCAAAUGUUAGUAACUUUUUUCUUCUUCUGGCUAGAAGAAUGAGAUGAACUAAAAUGCUUUCCGAUAAUUGAAUAUUAAGCCAUUUAAAUUGGGCUGCUGUGUUAUUUCUAAACACUUGCAAUGACUUCCAGAAGACUUAGUCUUCCUUGGAGCUGCCCAGAACUGUUCCCUUGAAUGUGGAACUUCAAAUAUGUCGGUUGAUGAAUCCAUUUUGAACGAGAGCCAAGAAAGGGCUAAUAAUGAUGUCAAUAAUGGAAGUUUUAAUGUUACUCAGAUCGUAAACUUAUCUGCAAAGUUUCUGUCAAUUUUCAUGUGGUUUCCCAAUUCUCUACAAUUGUUGA